UCCUAUUUAAAUAUUACCUUAUAGUUUUACAGCAUAAUAAGGUUAUUUAAACAUUAUUGUUUUGUAAUUGUUUCAACUGAUUUAAUUUUAGUUAGUUAUAAUUCCUCUACUGCUGCUUUCGUUCUAUAUACCCCACAUGCUUUCCGCUAACAGGGUAUUGCAAUUCACACCAAAUGCUUGGCAGAUGUUGCAUGUUUCGCACUUGGAUUGCAAGUGCCACAAACACCUAUUGCACUUGCAACACGCACUUAUCGCCCUCGUGCCUCCUGUCGUCGAGGACUUGCCACAUGUAAUUGUGUUAGAUAGACAGAGAUUUACACGACGGGCAACAUUCGGUAAUGAAUUUCAUUAACUUGCUCAUUGAGUGGCAGCCAAGCAAAUAUGGCCAGAAACCAGUCAAAUGUAAUGCAGUUUAUAUCGAAUUAAUCUACACUCAAACCAAAGCAGCGGGCGAGCCUGAUUCAAUUUUUGUUAAUUUAUGUAAAUGAAGUUAGGUCCGAGGCAACCAACCUUGGCAAUCCCAAUUUCCAGCUGGAAUCAAGCUGGCUGGAUAACUUGAGUGCCGAUCUCUGUCAAUGGGAAAUUAAUGCCGUGACAAAGGCAAAAUAUGGGUUUUAGCCAUUGAAAACUGUGAAGACAGCUAAUUAGGCGAGCAAUUUUCCAAAAUUUGUGAUAAAGCACAUUUUGAUGAACCCGAAUUCGAAAUGGAAUUAUCAUUAGAUCAUAAUCGUUAUCGCAUUGUGACAGUUAUGCGAUGAUGACCAUCGUUUCACACGUCAUUAGGCCUGUCAGUGAAUUUUCCCCUCCGGUUGCCAAUGAGUUGUGCAUAUUUCGUUAAAGCAAUUCACUUUUUCCAUGCCAGCAGCAGCAGGGAUAAAAAACAUUUGUGUAUGCAUGGGGUGUUUUUUGUAUCUUUAAAUUUUUCCCUGACCUUUUUUGUAUAAUUUUUUUUUCAUUCAACGGCUGUUGCUCGGUUACGGAUGAAAAGUAUAUGUAUCCGUGAGGUGACCGUCCCGACUUAAUUGGCAUUUUGAUAUGACAGCAAGGGAGUCAAACUGGAUUUUAUGUGGGUGUCGGGACCUAACAUUGGAAUCAUAUUUUGGUCAAAAAUUGUUCAUAUAUAUAGAAGGGAAAAUAAACGAAAUGAAAACAAGGAAAAAAUGGCAACUUUCUUGGCGGCUAUUUGCAUAAUUUUCUUUGCUGUUUUUGUGUAUAAUUAGUACACGUUUGGGUUUGCGAAACGUAUCAAAUUCAUUUUUGGGUCCAUUUUUCACCAUCCAGCUAAUUGUUAUUUAUAGCUUGUCCCUUUUAGACACCACACUCAAAUAGAAUUAAGUUCAAUUUAAUGGGCUCUUUGCGGUGCCAAAUAUGCGCUACUUUGAGCUUAUUUUGCUCGAGCUUUGUUUGUUCGGCUGUGAAAUAUGAUGUUUAUUCGCCUGAUUUGUUGGCCUGACCAGGAUUUAGCCAAUAUUUGUCGGCCACUGAGGGCGAUUAUUAAUUGUUUGUCAAUGCUGGGGUUUCAGUAUCGCAAAGGUGAGAGUAGAUCGAAUUCUUGUACAAUCUUGUACAUUCGGCCAAUUAAACUGUGUUUUUGCAAUUUAAAAGUUUUUCAAAUAAAACUGAGCAAAAACAAUAAAGCAAAGCCUGCAUUUAGUGAGGAAACUUUGUUUUGCUAAUGCACAAAAGCUAACACCAUCUGUAAAAGUUGAGUUUUCAUCUUUUCCUCCCACUAAGCUGCUCAAAUGAAAGUCAGCAAAAAUAAUAAAUGGAGUCCGGGGGAAAGCUGUAUUUAACUUGCCGGAAAGUCGACAAAAUUCAUGAAAAUCUUUUGCGAGACGAGGUAAAUUCUGAGGGAGUGCACACACCAUACACCUGCAAUUUUGUGACGCUUUAAAAACGUGUGUUUAAAAUCAAACGCAAUACGAUUUAACUAAGGAGAAUUAAAAUAAAAACACCAAUUUAAAUUAACCAUGCCAAUUAAUUCAUAACGUCUUAUGUGUCAAAUUCUAUGUGUUCUUUCUCUUUGUGCUCUUUCUAUUAUAACACACACACACAAAUCGAUCCGCUGCCCUUUUGGGCGCCCGGUUCCGGGCCGGCUCCAAUGCCGGAAUGCUCGGCCUGGGCGGACUGCCCGGUCUGGGCGGACCGGCUGCCAGUGACGGGGAUACGGAGGCGGGUGAGGGCAACAAUCUGGACGUUCCCGCCGGCUGCAACAUGGGUCGACGGCGCAGUCGAGCGGUUCUCUACCAGCUAUCCGGGCACUACAAGCCGGAAAAGGGUGGCGUGAAGACCAAGUUGAAACUGGGCAAUAACUUUAUGCAUUCAACGGAGGCGCCGUUUCCGGAGUACAAAACCCAGUCGAUAAAAAAGUCACGCUUGAUUCUGCCCCAUUACGGGGUGUUCAAGGGCAUCUGGGACUGGGUGAUUCUGGUGGCCACCUUCUACGUUGCCCUCAUGGUGCCCUACAAUGCUGCGUUUGCCAAAGCGGAUCGGCAGACAAAGGUAUCGGAUGUGAUUGUGGAGGCGCUCUUCAUUGUAGAUAUUCUGCUAAACUUCCGCACCACCUUCGUGUCGCGCAAGGGCGAGGUUGUCUCCAAUUCGAAGCAGAUUGCCAUCAAUUACCUGCGAGGAUGGUUCGCCCUGGACCUGCUGGCGGCGCUGCCCUUUGAUCACCUGUACGCGUCCGAUUUGUACGACGGCGAGGAAUCGCACAUCCAUCUUGUGAAAUUGACGCGUCUCCUGCGGCUGGCUCGUCUGUUGCAAAAAAUUGAUCGAUACUCGCAGCACACGGCCAUGAUACUGACAUUGCUGAUGUUCUCCUUCACGCUAGCCGCCCACUGGCUGGCCUGCAUCUGGUAUGUGAUAGCGGUCAAGGAGUACGAGUGGUUCCCCGAGAGCAACAUCGUAUUCUUCACAGGUUGGCUGCAGCUUUUGGCGGAAAGGAAAAACGCUUCCGUCGCCAUUUUGACCACGGCGGAAACGUAUUCCACGGCCUUGUACUUCACCUUCACAAGUCUCACUUCCGUGGGAUUUGGCAACGUUUCGGCGAACACCACAGCCGAAAAGGUCUUCACCAUCAUCAUGAUGCUCAUUGGCGCUCUGAUGCACGCCGUGGUCUUCGGUAACGUGACUGCCAUCAUCCAAAGGAUGUAUUCGCGUCGCUCGCUAUAUGAGAGCAAAUGGCGCGACCUAAAGGACUUUGUGGCCCUGCACAAUAUGCCCAAGGAGCUGAAGCAACGCAUCGAGGACUACUUUCAGACCAGCUGGUCACUCAGCCAUGGCAUCGAUAUAUACGAGACGCUACGCGAAUUUCCCGAGGAGCUCCGUGGCGACGUUUCCAUGCAUCUACAUCGUGAAAUAUUACAGCUGCCGAUAUUCGAGGCGGCCUCCCAGGGCUGCCUGAAACUUUUGUCCCUGCACAUCAAGACGAACUUCUGCGCGCCAGGGGAGUAUCUGAUCCAUAAAGGCGAUGCCCUCAACUAUAUCUACUAUCUGUGCAACGGAUCCAUGGAGGUGAUCAAGGACGACAUGGUGGUAGCUAUUCUGGGUAAGGGUGACCUGGUCGGCUCCGACAUCAAUGUGCACCUGGUGGCCACCAGCAAUGGCCAGAUGACCGCCACCACCAACAGUGCUGGCCAGGAUGUUGUCGUCCGCAGCAGCAGCGAUAUUAAGGCGCUAACCUACUGUGAUCUGAAGUGCAUCCACAUGGGUGGUCUGGUGGAGGUACUACGCUUAUAUCCGGAGUAUCAGCAGCAGUUUGCCAACGAUAUUCAGCACGAUCUCACCUGCAAUUUGAGGGAGGGCUACGAGAACCAGGACUCCGAUAUUGGACCCUCAUUUCCCCUGCCCAGUAUCAGUGAGGAUGAUGAAAAUCGCGAGGAGGCCGAGGAAGGGGGCAAGGGGGAGAAGGAAAACGGUGGAGGACCACCAAGUGGUACUUCUCCACUGCACAAUAUAAGCAAUUCUCCGCUGCAUGCAACACGAUCUCCACUGCUGGGCAUGGGAAGUCCCAGGAACCAGAGGCUGCAUCAGCGGGGUAGAUCUCUGAUUACCUUAAGGGAAACGAACAAGAGACAUAGGACUCUGAACGCAGCUUGUAGCCUGGAUCGCGGUUCCUUUGAGGAGCCCGAGCCACCGGAAGAGGAGCAACAGUCGGGCGGUAAAAGACCCUCCUUGGAACGCUUGGACUCCCAGGUUUCCACUUUGCACCAGGAUGUGGCCCAACUGAGUGCGGAAGUUCGUAAUGCCAUCAGCGCGCUGCAGGAAAUGACAUUCACCUCCAAUGCAAUGACAUCACACACCUCUCUCAAGUUCCCUCCAGCAAGAUCUAUACCCAACAUUAGUGGAGUUGCGGGCACAAGAUCCGGAGUUGCAGUCGAGCACGGCUUGAUGGGCGGAGUUUUGGCAGCCGCUGAAUUGGCAGCCAUGCAGCGUAGCUCAUCACAUCCUCCCGAGGUUUGGGGCAGGGAUGUCCAACUGCCCACCAGUAAUACGGCCAGUUCCAAGGCACCCUCACCUGUGGAGCCCAAGAAGACUAUGACCAGCAGGAGCAGCCAAACGGACUUCUAUCGCAUAGACUUCCCAACCUUUGAGCGAUUUGUUUUGGCCAAUCCUCGUCUGGUUUUGGGACUUCUGGGCAUUGAACCCGCCAUCAAAAACGAAAUGGAUCUCCUGCAGCAAAAGCAAACCCUGCAGAUAUCACCUUUAAAUACGAUAGAUGAGUGUGUUUCGCCGUCGGAUACCAAUUUGGCCAGUUCCAAGGAGAGACUAAUCACAACAUCCACAGUUCCGACACCUGGUCGCAUUUACCCACCUCUAGAUGAUGAGAACUCCAAUGAUUUUCGAUGGACAAUGAAACACUCGGCCAGUCAUCAUAGCUGUUGCAAGAGCACGGAUGCUCUGCUGAGUCCAGAGGAGCAGCACCCGGCUUCCAUGCUUCCAGUGGAUGCAACUCCUGUGCCAUCUGUCCAGGAAGUUCGAUCCUCAAAAAGAAGCAUACGAAAAAGCACGAGUGGCAGCAACUCCAGCCUGUCUAGCAGCAGUUCGAGCUCUAAUAGUUGUCUGGUGUCGCAGAGUACGGGCAACCUGACCACCACGAACGCCUCGGUGCACUGCAGCAACAGUAGCCAGAGUGUGGCCAGUGUGGCGACCACGAGAAGAGCCUCCUGGAAGCUGCAGCACUCGAGGAGCGGGGAGUAUCGAAGAUUAUCCGAAGCCACGGCUGAGUACUCACCACCUGCCAAGACACCACUUCCUGUGGCGGGAGUGAGCUACGGGGGCGAUGAGGAGGAGAGUGUCGAGCUCCUGGGACCUCGUCGGAACUCAAGACCCAUCCUGCUGGGCGUAAGCCAGAAUCAGGGCCAAGGACAGGCUAUGAAUUUCCGCUUCUCGGCGGGGGAUGCCGAUAAAUUGGAGAAGGGUCUGCGUGGACUGCCCUCCACUCGCUCCCUGCGAGAUCCGAGUAGCAAAUAAGCAGCCAAAAGGAGUCAUUCGCAUGCAAACCACCGUUCGUGAUUUAUGUCCUAAUUAAUACUGAAACACAAAGACGCUUGUACAUUUAAUAUCUUUAAGAUACCCACACGAGUUUGGUUGUUCAUCUGUAUCCCCGUAGAUUUAUCGAGAAUACCUUCACAUAUUGUAAAGCAUAUCAGACAAGCCAAAAGUAUUUAACAAGCCUAAAAAUUAUUUUUGUAAGGCUCAGCUGUUAUAACGAGAUGAUUGUUUAUUUUCGUAGCCAAAUAAGCAAAGAUAUACCCACUCAGAAUACAUGAAAACAUAUGUCAGCGGAAGUACAAAGACUAUAGACCUCCGACCUAAGAUAAAUACGAGUAAGAGUAUAUCUUGCCUAGCAACUAAAUAUCAAUACACUUACAAAAAUGGUGAAAUGUUAGUUAAGUUACACCAGCCUGGAAUUUUGUGUUACAAUAAUGUGGUGUAUAAAAUUGUUUCUAGAUCUGUAGGAUCGGAAACAUUUUUUGAGAUUUAGGAGCUCUAAAAUUUCAAGGGGAAAUUGGGACAGAAUAUGGCAUGCCCAGAUAUGGCAUUUCUCCAUACAUCUAAGAUCUGGAAUUUAAGCAUAGUUAGGCAAGCUCAAUGACAGGAAUAUCAAACGGGGAUUCAACAGAUUUGUAGAGACUUAAGCAGUAAAUUCAUUCUAGUCACUGUGACGUGAGUUAACCUAGAUUAUUACCUAAGAUAAUCGACAAUCGUGUGCUACAUAUAUCGAAUGGACAGAGUUCCACUUCAAAAGUGAGAUCUCGGGCAUUUGACUAAAAAGUAAUUUGUGAUUCCAAGCGAGAAGGCAGCUCAACUCUCAGCUUGAUUCCGUGUUGAUAAGUUGGCUAAUAGAAAUGGUCAACUAAACUGUGUAAAUUUCUAAAAUCCCACAUAUAUCCUGAGUGUAUAUAGUAUAUAUGGUAUGUGUAUAUUUGCUCCCGAAAACCUAUAAAGACUUGAGCUUCAUUCUAUCCUUGAUGUAAGCAUCCUAUGAUAAUAAGUUUUAUAUGUGUUUAGAUGGAUACAUAUUUUAGCCAUAAUGAUGCAGGAUUAUUCAAUUGAGAACCUAAUAAACGUUUUUAAAUGUUUUAACUUAAUGUUAUCGAGACUAUAUACUUGUAUGUAUUAUAUGUGUAGUUAUACAUCUAAAGUAUAAAAGGAUAUUCGAUACUUCAAUAAACAAUAAACUUGAUGUGACACGCUAA